AUGCUGCUCAUGUUUAGAAAAAGCCUUGCUGUACUAGGAAUUAAUCAAGUAGGUACAUCUAUUUUUAGUAAAAACUAUGUUGAAUAUUUUAGGUUUUAUUACAACCUUACAAUGUUCCAAGACUAG